AAAAAAGUAGAUAAAAACUUCAAACUCUCUGCUUUUUCCAAAACAUGCAAACCUUAAAAAAUCUUAACACAUUGUCCAUUUAAUAAAACCAAACUCCCAAUUUUAGUAUUGUCUUGCAACUACUUACAUUAUUCAAGAAAUAAUAUUUAUGGUUGUUGGUGGCAAAUUAUGGGAUUUACUAGAACCCCAUGCGCGACAUGAGGGACCCGAUUUCUUGAGAGAAAAAGGAUCACAGUCGAUCUUUCAUAAUGGAUAGUCCAACAUGAAACAGUUAUCGAGGCAACCCAUUUCCGUCAACCUCAUCUCUGUCUCACUUUCUUCCGUACCAUCAAUCUCUGCUCCAAGUUUGGAGUGUCUCUUGUUUUCGUUGUUGAUGAGACUCCGUCGCCAAUGAAGUUUCAAGCGAGAAUAGCAAGGUUUUUUUUCUGUUUUCGGGGGUUGAUAUUCCGAGUUGGCCGGUGGCUGAAAAGGGUUUUUCGGUAGAGAGGAAAAGACUUUUCUGAAAUGUGUUCGAGGGGGUGUGGAACUGCUUGAACUAUUUGGUAUGCCUGUUUAAAAAAGCCAAUGGUGAAGCUGAAGCACUGUGUGCUCAGUUAAAUGCCAAAGGCCAUGUGGAUGCUUGUAUAACAGCUGAUAGUGAUGCUUUCCUUUUUGGGGCUAAGUUUGUGAUAAAACCUCAAGCCUAAUACCAAAGAACCAUUUGAAUGCUACCAUAUAUUGAAGCUGGUCUUGGGUUGAAGAGGAAACACUUGAUAGCUAUCUCUCUCUUGGUUGGAAAUGAUCAUGAUCUAAAUGGCGUGCAAGGGGUUGGGCUUGAGAAGGCUUGUUGUUUUGUCUGAAGUUCCAGUGAGGACAAGAUAUUGGAUCUGUUACGUGAAAUUGGCAAUGGGAACACUCCAUUUCAAAUUGGCCCAAAAGUUGUAGAUGAUUUAAUGCUUGAUCUAGAUGAGAGCCUAGUAAAGUCAAAAACUUCUCAUUGUUCCUUCUGUGGGCAUCCAAACAGCAAAAGAGCACAUUUCAAGUCAACUUGUGAAUAUUGUGGCACUAGUAAUAUUCAGGGUUUGCUUAAGAAAGCCAGAGAGUUCUAAGUGUAAUUGUUCCUCCUGUAAUGAGGAUUGAAAAGAAAAGGAGCAGCAAAAACAUGAAAAUUGGCGCAUAAAAGUUUGCAGCAAGAUAUCCAUGGAGCCAAACUUUUCAAAUGAUGAUAUCAUUUGAAUGCAUUUGUGCAUCAAUCAUGGAAACUUUACUGCUGAUGAUGGCCCAUGCUUAUCAUGGAGAAACCCAGGCAUUGAGAUGCUAAUUGAUUUCUUGGAUUUUCAUCAGCACUGGGAACCAUCUUAUGUUCGACUGGGAAUGUCUCCCAUGUUGUCCACCAUAUAUUUGCAAGAAAUUUCUGCCAAGCAUUAGAAACCAUGUUGUAUGGGCAGUGUGUAUUUGAUUCUAUCCAGCCUGUGAAAAUAAGACGGACACCAAUCUUAUGUGAUCAGGUGGAGAAAAGCCACAGGUACAGCAAGCAGUCUUAUACAUACCAACUGUAUUGAAGAGUCUGACAGGCCUUAAGAAGAGAUCAUUGAAAUUGAUGAACUAGUUGAUCAAUUGGAUGAGGACGUCGCCCCCAGAUUCAUAUUGAUGAUGGGUAUUGCUUCCUGUUGACAGAUGAAAAUAUGGAGCUUGCUUGUUGUGCUUUUUCAGAAGUUGAAAGUUUUUUGCAUGAGAAGUUUUGUAGAGUAAUUUAUUGAGGAGCCUCCUGGUUUGGAUUCAACAUCUGGGCAAAGUUUGUUGCUAUCAGGGAAUGCUUUAAAUAACCAUCUAUGCUUGUGUGAAGUGAUUUUGUCCAUCCAAAUGUGGGGUCCACACGCCAUGAACGGACAGAAUCAUCUCACUUUGCGUGGAGAACUGUACAAUUCUUUUCUCAAAGAUUCUUUCCUUGGGAAGCUACCAUAAGUACUUGAUUAUCGGUUAUAUAUAGGCAACUCAAAAUAAAUGCAGACAUCCUAUAUUUUACAGCAGAAGCAUAUCUAUCUGAGUCUCCCUCUCUGUGCCUGUCAAAUUGUCCCUCUCUCCCCUGUAGGUUCUGUUCCAGACAUGACUAGUGAGCAGUUUCUCUCAGUUGAUGUUACAAAAAAUAAUGCUAGCUCAUUUGCUAAAGGUGUUAGAAUCUUGGUUGUGGAAAGUGAUCCUACAUGCCUCAGAAUUGUGUCAAAAAUGCUUCAGGCAUUUGGAUAUGAAGUUACAACUGCUACACGAGCCACUGAUGCAUUGCACAUUUUACGGGAGAAAGAAGAUGAAAUUAACCUUAUUCUGAUAGAAACUCACUUGCCUGAUAUGGAUCAAUAUGAGAUCAUUGAGACAGUGAGAGCAAUGUCUUCUUCUUUGCCCAUUGUCGUUUUUUCAGCUGAUAACAAUUUGAGCGCCAUGUUAGGCUGGCUGUAUAAAGGGGCUGCACUUUAUCUUAUGAAGCCAAUCGUCAAGAACGAUGUAAAAAACCUUUGGCAGUUAACAUAUAGAAAGAAAAAAAAGACAACUAUAUCUAGCGUAGGAUCAAACAGCUUUCAUGCUGGGUUGGCAGAGGAGAAUGCUUCAAGUGUGACCGCAGGGAUCCCAUCACUCUUAAGUACCAUGGGGCAGAGUGACCAAAUGGGAAAAAGAAAGGAGCUAGAAGAGACAGAUAACGAUGAUGAAGAUAAUGGCAAUUUGACUGUUCUAAAGAAGCCAGAGCUUGUUUGGACUAAUGAGCUGCAUAACAGAUUCUUGCAAGCUAUCAGGAUAUUAGGCGUUGAUGGUGCCCAUCCAAAGAAAAUACUUCAGCACAUGAAUGUCGCAGGGCUAAAGAAAGAAAAUGUUUCAAGCCAUUUACAGAAAUUUCGUCUUUCCUUGAAGCGGGAACAAGAUGCAACACAGAAGACCAUGAUUAGAGAUCACCAUCCUUCAUUGACUUUGAAUUUACAAGGAGGGUUUUCUCAAUUCACAAACCCGCAAUUCUUCAUGGCAAUAUCUCAAUCAGAACACAGAAACAAUAUCCAGAAUAAUCUCUGUAGUCCUGUGUCAAUGCAUUCCCUUGGUUCUGCACAUUCUCUUACUCAAGUGAACACAAACUAUGAUGGCAUGUUGAUUCCUAGCUAUGGGCAACAAAGCAAACAGCUAGACCGUACUUACCCCAAUUGCAGUCAUACUGGAAUUGGGACUACUAAUGAUGGGAACUUUGCAAGUUUAGGACAGAAAGGAAAUCAUAAUGUGGAAGAAUAUCUCAAUCAAGGAACCACUUUCUCCAAUGUUGGAACUCAUGGCCCAACAUUUCUGGGCAACUCUCAGCAGCAGCUGCAGUUUCCACAGCUACAGCCUCAACCACUUCCAGAGAAGGAAGAUGAAUCUGACAUUCCCAAUAUCGUAACAGAGGCAAGGAAUGAGUUCCUUGACUAUCCUAAUAAUGAUCUCUGGCUCUGAAGUGGCAAUGGAAUCCGAGAUUGGCUUUGAUGCUUUAUAGAAUGAAGAGCAAGAUCCCCAAAAACUUUGAAUCUGGCCAUGGUUGACGCAGCAGAAGCCAAAGAAAGGGUGCAAUUGUUGGACACGUUAUCUCUCAGUUUGACAUUUAGUUUUACAGUUAAUAAGUUGUUAAAAUACCUCAAUGAGGGCUCUGUUAUUUGGAUGCCGUUUCCUUGUUUGCUAUGCCGAUAAAGUAAUGACUGUUUGUUGUUAUUUAGUUGCUCUUUUUUUGUUUGCAAUGGCAUAAAUUAAUCUCUCCUGUCUGGGGAAAAAAAUGAAGUUACUGGAUAUUUGUAGCU